AAGAGUUCCAAACGUAGGCUUGAAGAAGCCACUUCCCAACAAUCUUCUAAGCUUUUCCUUUUCCAAUUCCCUCUCUUUCCUUCUUCAAAUACAACACUAAGCUAUGGUCGGAUCUUCACUCGACACCGUCAAACCUUCCACCACCAUCAAGUUCCUCUGCAGUUACGGGGGCAAGAUUCUCCCCCGUUAUCCCGAUGGUAAACUCCGUUAUCUAGGUGGCGAAACCCGUGUACUUGCUGUUGACCGCUCUAUCUCUUUCGCCGAGUUGAUGUUGAAGCUUGGAGAGAUGUGUCGAACAUCAGUGAGUCUUCGCUGUCAAUUGCCGACGGAAGAUUUAGACGCUCUGGUUUCCAUCACCUCUGAUGAGGAUCUGGCCAAUCUUGUAGAGGAGUUCGAUCGGGUUGCGUCACCUCCAGAUUCUUUAAAGAUCAGAGCCUUUCUUUCGCUGCCAAAAUCAUCCAAAAAAAUCUCAUCAACUUCACCUCCAUCAUCAUCUUCCUCAUCGCCAAAAUCAUCUUCUAUUUACACAGCUUCAACUUCUACCACCACCAGGUUUACCGCUAAACACAAUUGCCACCGUCAUAUACCGGCUCCGGUAGCUUUUCCUCUCUGCAUGGAAAAAUCUGCCGCAAAGAGCACUACUCCUCGUCAUGCUUAUAAUUGUGCUCACGGAAACCCUAGCCAGAUCUACCUCAUUCAUAACGGGAACUACUGGCAAUAAUACUUUGGAACUGAACAGGAAAUAUGAACCGUGAAGGACAUUAAUAUUUUAAAAGGAAAAAUAUGCAAGGAAGUUGAAAGAUAUAUAUAUUAUAUCAUAUAUGUAAUGGCAUGGGACUGUAAAUCGUUAAGGAUUGGUUUCUUUUGAUGCGUGGCCAUUAAUGAAUUUUCAGUCCAAUUUCA